UUAACGAGCCAAUCUGUUGAAUGUCUCCUCCUGUAUAGGGCAGAGCGAAGGCGAAAAAGACGGGUCUGCAGGGGAAAGAAGCACAACGAGAAUCCACCUCCUUUGAUCAGUCAGCCACCGACAGCCAUGGCGACCAUGGUGAUGGAAAGUAUCGGACGAGUGUUCAUCAGCCUGCAGCAGAUCCGCCAGGUCCCCCAACUGCUGACCGAGGCGGCGCCCUCCAUGCCCGGCACCGUCACGGACUCGGAGGUUCCCGCCUACUUCAGGGAGCGCCACGUCGCCACCGGCUACAGACCGCUCGAGCAGAGCUGGCGCUACUACUUCCUGUCCUUGUUCCAGCGCCACAACGAGACCAUCAACGUCUGGACUCACCUGCUGGCCUUUUUGUUGCUCCUGGUUAAGCUCCGGCAGCUUGCCGAUACGGUGGACUUUGUCAGCGACCGUCACUCGUGGCCCCUGUUGAUCCUCGUGUUGUCUUCCCUGACCUACUCGGCAUUCAGCGUGACCGCCCACCUAUUGGGUGGCAAGUCGGAGCUGUGCCACUACCUGUUCUACUUUCUGGACUAUGUGGGAGUGGCGCAGUACCAGUACGGCAGCGCUGUGGUUCACUUUUACUAUGCAGUAGAUGAGACCAUGCACCGAAACACGCAGGGGAUCUUUAUGCCCGCUGCCACUAUCCUCAGCUGCCUGUCUUGCCUGGGAUGCUGCUACGGGAAGUACUGCAACCACACGCGGCCAUGCUGGGUGCGCAAGGUGUGCCAGGUGGUGCCCUCCACCCUGGCCUAUCUGUGGGACAACAGCCCUGUGGCUAAGAGACUCUUCCUUUGGGCCGCCGAUGACCCGGCCGUCGCCUACCACUUGGGUCAGGUGGGGUUCUUUGUCAGCUGCGCCUUGUUCUUCACCUUCCCCCUGCUCGAGCGCUGCCUCCCCGGACGGUGCGAUUUCGUGGGCCAAAGUCAUCAGGUGUUCCACGUUUUGCUGUCCUGCUGCACCUUCUGUCAGAUUCACGCCUCCUACCUGGACUACGUGCAUCGCAGGCAGCUGUACACGCGCCUGCACGAGAGCGGCGACGCGGCGCUCUUCGUGGGCUUCUACGCGGUCACUUUGGCCGUAUGCGCCCUGAUCACUGCCUUCAUGCUGAGGAAAGUUAAGCACGUGCUCGACUCCAAAUCGAAGUCUAAAUAAUGAAGUAGCCAGCGUGGGAUCAUAGUGCCUUUUCCUGACAGAUGCUUCCAAGCAGAAAACAACAAAUCAGGAGUUGUUUCCUCGUAUUAAUAAGCAGGAAUGGGAGUUUUUCUUUGUGUAUUAAUCUUGAGAUUCCUGCAAUUUACUACUAAAACUCUGAUAUCACUGCCUCCUUACACGGCUACUUGCCCUGGCAUUACUGUACUGCUAUUACCUAAACAUAGGACACAUGUAGCGGCCAUUACUGAGAGUUCAGCUUGUUUGGAUAUAAACCCACUAACAUGAGUUUAAGGCUACAAAGGAAGCGUCACGUUUGCACGUAAUGCGGUGCACAUGCAGAAAAGCGACGGGUGACAUCACUGGGGGAGCGACGUGUGACGCCUGGUGACCAGAGGGUCAGCUCAAAACAGCAGUUGACGGUCACCAGACUCUGAGCAUGCGCCAUAAUGAGAUCAGAGAGCAUUGCCAGCACGAAAUGGAGUCCAACAUAGGGUUGGAUUAUGCCACUGGCCCAGGGUCAGUUCGUCGCAUGGUGCAAACUCCCGGCAUGCGCCGCGCAAGAAUGUACAAGUGGUAGUUGCACGAACACAAAGCCCCGUGAAAACCCGACACGUGACCCCUGUAAGCCACGUUAAAGUUCGGGUAUGGCUUUUUAAAUGUGUCUCCAAGGCGACCUCUAUUUCUAGUGACCUUGGCUUGCUGCUUUAAUUGACGGAUGCUUUUAAACUGCCUGAUUAGAUUGUGGCCCCAAUCUUGAUGCCACCAACUGUGCCCUUUGGAGCCUAUUCUAGACCCACCGGCGUUUUGGAACCUAAAUCACCAGUCUCUACGUGUGCCAAAUUAAGUCCUCAUUAGACCGAUCUGUUUGGGUCCUUAACUAUUUUUGUGGGAGUUUAUUUUGACCCUACUAGCAUCUUCAGUGUAACAUUAUUUAUUUUUCUAAUAGGAGUGACACUAUGUUGUAGUUCUUAGGACCAUAAUAGAAUUAAUUGGAAUAUAAAGUCUUAUCGUCAUUAAUCUCAACAUUCCUCUCGAUAAAGGUCAAGCUAAAAAUGUGUAAUUUUACUUUGUUAUAUUACUGGGUCUUAAUGUUGUGCUCUAUGAAUGUUUUUUGUGAGUCUUACUGAGGUAGCACUGAUUGAAUGUUAGGGUUAGGCAUUUCACCUGUCCCCGGCCACUAGGCGUCAUCAGAUGAUGGGCCGUGUGCAGUCACUUGAAGCUAAAGGUUUAGGGUUUCAAAAUUCUGCUUUCAUUGCUUCGUAGAUGUAUGUUUUAAACCUUUCGAAAGGGCACUUUAAAAUGUUUUCCACUGUCAAUCUAGGGUUUAAAUCCUGUUUUUGUGAAUGUCUGUGUGUUGUUUCAUGAAGACUACGACUCUAUGUAAUUAAGAUGGGAUUUUUCUGCCGAUAUUGGAUGUAUUUGUCAAUGAAGGGAUGGUUCAGGAAUCUACAAGUGAGAUCUGCCCUGAGGUUAAAAACGGUUAAUAGCUACACUGCAUUAAAGAGCUCUCUAGGUGUCUUAAUUUAGUAUAAAUCCAGAUUAGUUGAUCUUGGAGGUUGAAGCUAGCAGCUAGUCUGAGUGAAGCCGAGAACAAGCCAUCCUCCAAGAACGCUAGUCUCCAAACAUGUUACAGUAUUUUAUGUGCUGUAAGUAGUUAUUUAUAUCAAAAGAUGCCUCUCCUUUGGUUAUCUGCCUUGACCGGAGCCGGCCGCCAGGAUGUGUGUCAUCAGAUGGUUCCAACAAUCAUCGAGUGUUUGGACCCUUAACCAUAACACUCUCCUGAUGGUGGGUUCAGCAGUGGUAGCCAACCACUACCCAGUCCCUCCUGGCUGCCAGCUCAUCUCCUCCCUCCUGUUCCGUAGUCAUCAUGGGUCUCUCUCUGCUACCUCACCCAAUCUUUAACACUAUUUUGAGAACUGUUAAGUAAUGUCACAUUUGUAUUGGGGGUGGGUAAUUGCGCGGAAGAAACCUAAUAGCAUGUUAAACUGAGGUAGGAAGUAGGAGGCGGUGCUCCUUGUGAUCUUAGUGAUAGUGAUCUUCCUGUGUGAAAUGGUACACUGCUUUUCAGGUCAGAGGGACUUCCUAAAGAAUGAGAUAGAAUUGUGAGAACACAGACAUAAUGCCUCUGGAUCUGGAUCAUACAUCAGCGUAAACAUUCACUUUAACUUUUUUAUUAGUAUUUUUUAUAUUUCAAAUCAGACGGGUACUCUAACCAGCAACGUUUCACACGUUCCGUUCUCAGUUCCUGUUCUACAAACCAUUGGUGGAACGCCAUCAUCAGUGUUUCUGUGCUUCUGUCUUCUCAAACCCUCAGUGGUUGUGGCAGAUGUGCCGUUCACACUGAGCCUGGUUCUGGUUCUGCUGGAGGUUUGCUCCUGUUAAAGGGGAGUUUUCCUCUCCACUGUCGC